AAUAAAAAUAUGAUACAAAAAAAAAAUAGUAAUCGUUCAGUGGCUAAAUUUUUCUCGCUACAAAAAUUGCAGAUAAAAUAUUUAAAAAAAACUUCAAUGUGAAAAAUAGUAUGAAAAUUACUAAAUAGUUUCUAUUAAGAGAACAUACAGGCGUCGUCAUGGAACUGUCUCAUAGUCUAACACUGAAUGAGGAUGCCCUCAAUCAGAUCCCGGAGCAGAAACGUCCGGUUUUCAUUUUUGAGUGGUUACGCUUUUUGGACAAAGUACUGGUAGCUGCGCAAAAAUCAGACAUCAAGGGCUGCCAGAAGAAGCUGGUCGAGCAAUUGACUCAGCACAUCCAGGGAUCACCCGGGCCUCCAACUCGUAAGCUGAUUGCCCGCUGUUUGGCAACGCUUUUCUCCGUGGGGGAUACGUUUCUUCUAUUUGAAACUGUCAAUAAGUGUAACGAUAUUUUGAAGAACAAGGAUGAUUCUCCGAGCUAUCUGGGGACCCGCCUGGCAGCGAUUUGCGUCGUGGGAUGUAUGUACGAAAAGCUGGGUCGCAUGAUGGGUCGUUCGUAUGAAGAGACGGUUCAAAUUUUAAUCAAAUCGUUGAAGAAUGCGGAAUCACAAAUGCGGAUCGAGAUAAUGCUUACCCUGGAGAAAGUGUGCGCCGGCAUGGGAUCGGCCAUUUCCAAUGUGCACAAAGAUAUAUAUAAAGCGGUGCGCUAUUGCCUGACUGAUCGUGUUAUGGCAGUUCGUGUGGCAGCGUCUAAUUGCUUGCUGGAAAUGACCAAACAUGCACCUUUCCUUUAUACAACCGAGCUGGAGAGUUUGCCUUCGCUAUGCUUUCGUGCAUUUGAUGGAUGUAACUACGAAGUGAGAUGCGCUGUGGCUAAACUUUUGGGAACGUUGAUUGCGUGUACCCAAAAUGGUAGUUUGAAGAACUUUAGCAGCAUGACUUCAUCGAGUUCUAGUGCCAAAUCAGCCCGUUCUAUUUCUUUGGAUGAAGCACUCGGUGUACUGAUGUCAGGAUUUCUGAGAGGUGGUGUAUCUUUUCUGAAAGGUACUGGAGAAAUCAUAAAGGGGAGUUCAGGAGUGAAUCGUGAGGUACGCGUGGGAGUAACACAUGCGUACGUUGUAUUUGUUCAAACAAUGGGUGGUUUGUGGUUGGAAAGAAAUAUGCAGACGUUUCUCGUACAUGUGCUUGAUUUGGUGGCUAAUCCAAAAGCUGCUUCAUCCCACGUAGAUGCCGUAUAUUCAAGAAAAUGUAUUAACUUUAUUCUACGUUCGGUUAUCGGUAAAAUGCUUGGCGAAAAAGCUCAAAGCUCAGCUUGCAAAGAACUAAUCCACAUUAUUGCCAAGCAAAUGAAUUCGAUUGACUUCAAUCCAGAGAAUGCAAAGGAUUCCAACCAAGAAACGUUGUUCAGUCAACACUUGCUAGUAUGUGCCCUCCAGGAGCUUGGUAGUUUAGUUCUGCUUUUGGGAACCACAGCUCAGAACUUACUAACAGACCAGUCUUUAAAUUUUAUUGAUGCCACCUGUGCUGUGCUAAUUCAUCCUUGCAUGGCGGCCAGGCUUGCCGCAGCGUGGUGUUUGCGCUGCGUUUGUGUGGCUGUUCCCGGCCAAAUCACACCGCUGGUUGACCGUUUCAUUGAAGCCAUCGAAAAGAUGAGAACUUCCCCCGACGCUAUUUCCGGUUACAGUGGAGCUUUGGCUGCUGUCCUUGGAGGAGUUCGCUUCUCACCGCUUGGUAUACCUCACACGAGGGGAAAAAUAAUUUUCAACACAGCUGAAGAACUUUUGCGGACUGCUAGCCAGAACAGUCGAUUAUCUCUCAACAGAACCCAAGCAGGGUGGUUACUUAUUGGAGCUAUCAUGACUUUGGGUGUUCCUGUGGUGAAAGGAUUGCUCCCGCGAAUGCUUCUGCUUUGGAGAAACGCUUUCCCUCGAUCCACAAAAGAGCUUGACUCAGAAAAAGCUCGUGGAGAUGCGUUUACUUGGCAGGUCACGCUAGAGGGACGAGCCGGCGCACUGUCGGUCAUGCAUAGUUUUCUGUUACAUUGCCCGGAAUUAGUAACAGACGAUAUAACAAGACGAUUGCUGACUCCAAUUGAAAGUGCUCUGGCUAUGUUGAUCAAUAUCACAUCGGUUCUGAAAAGCUACGGACAACAUCUUAAAGCUCCAACUGCGAUGGUUCGUUUACGAUUGUACGAAACCCUCUCUUUGCUACCGGCUAAUGCACUGGAGUCAUCUUACACACACCUUCUACGAAUGCUUGUAUCCGAAUUUACAUUAACAGAGAAUCCAGCCAAUACGACCACUUCUUUGUUGAGACAGAUGUGCCAUGCAGACGAUUCCAUAAUUCUUGGAACGUGGCUUCAAGAAACCGACCAUCGCACAAUAGAGGAUCAGAUGGAACCGAAUCGUAAAGCAGAUGGUGACUAUCUGCAACCUAACAGUGCUGCCGGCUCAGGCGCCUUGGAACAUGAUCCUUGCUGCUUGUAUCGUGCGGUAUCCAGUGGCGAGCAGUGUCCUGGCCCACUUCCAUUAGGCGUCGCGGUCAUUGAUAUGUCCGUUGCCUUAUUUGGGCUCAUCUUCCCGAAAGUGGCGAAUAAGCACCGUUUGCAGAUGUUAGAACACUUCGGCGAAUGCAUUAAACAUGCAAAGAGUUCACGCCAAGAGGCAGUGCAGAUGAACAUCUUUACAGCGCUGCUGAGCGGAUUGAAAGGUCUGACGGAAACUAAGUCUAGCAUCGGCCAGGAGGAAGUUAGGAAGAGUGCAACUAAUUUAAUCAUCAACGCAUUAAUUUGUACAAAUCCUAUACUGCGAUGUGCAGCUGGAGAGGCACUCGGAAGAAUAGCCCAAGUUGUUGGUGAUUCACGUAUCACUGCUGAACUAGCGCAGAACAGCUUCGAUAGAUUAAAGUCGGCAAGGGAUGUCGUGACACGCACUGGACAUUCUCUAGCGUUGGGUUGCUUGCAUCGUUACGUUGGUGGAAUGGGCUCGUCACAGCAUUUAAAUACUAGUGUGUCAAUAUUGUUGGCACUGGCACAGGAUGGAAGUUCUCCUGUUGUCCAAGUUUGGUCAUUGUAUGCCUUGUCGUUAAUAGCAGACUCUGGUGGACCAAUGUUUAGGGGUUAUGUAGAGCCAACGCUUUCAUUAGCACUAAAAUUGCUAUUGUCUGUUCCACAGUCACACGUUGAUGUACAUCAGUGUAUUGGAAGAGUGCUGAGUGCGCUAAUAACUACGAUUGGCCCAGAGUUACAAGGCAAUGGUCAAACCAUUUGUACCGCCAGAUCAUCAUUCCUUUGUGCAGCAGCAAUCAUGCAAGCCCAUUCAGAUCCACUGGUUCAAGCAGAGGCAACCGGCUGUCUUCAGCAGCUUCAUCUUUUUGCACCUCGCCAUGUCAAUUUAUCAACUUUAGUUCCUAACUUGUGUCAAAAUUUAAGCAGCAACUAUUUAAUGCUGCGAAAGGCUGCAGUUUCUUGUCUUCGUCAAUUAACUACCCGUGAAGCAAAGGAAGUUUGUGAGCAUGCAAUGACUCUGGUAAGCGACGAUGAUGGAUUUGCGUUGUCAGAUUACGGACUUCCUGGAGUAUUGUUCGGCAUGCUUGAUACCGAAAGUGACAACAUAAUGAUUAAGAAUAUCCACGAUACAAUAACUUCAAUGCUACAAAUAUUGGCUGCAGAUAACCUUUCGCAGUGGCUCAGCAUGUGCAAGAAUGUUCUAACCGUUGCGUCGGAGGCUGCUUUAACGUCUGGACCAGCGGAAGUCGCCACAAUCAAAGACGAUGUUGAUGAUGCUGAAGAUGCGGAAGCAGAUGAUGAUAACAUAGAAUUCCACGCAGAGGACAACCAGGCAACUCACCCUGCGGUUCAACCUCGAUGGCCAACUCGCGUGUUUGCAGCGGAAUGUGUUCGGAAAAUCAUUUCAACCUGCGAAAAUGCCAAUGCUGCACAUUUCGAUUUAUUGAUGGCGAAGGAAAUUCAAAUAACCAAAUCACGUGGCGAUUAUUUAGUAUUACAUUUAUCCGAUCUCAUUCGAAUGGCAUUUAUGGCCGCCACAAGCGAUUCAGAUCAGUUAAGACUGGAAGGAUUGAAAACUCUGCAGGAAAUAAUAGAUAAAUUUGCUAGAGUUCCUGAACCUGAGUUUCCCGGUCAUCUUCUGCUUGAGCAAUUUCAGGCUCAAGUCGGUGCAGCGCUGAGGCCUGCCUUUUCGCAGGACACGCCAUCUCAUGUCACAGCCGCAGCAUGUGAGGUCUGUUCGGCUUGGAUUGGUUCCGGAGUUGCGAGGGAUUUAAAUGAUCUAAGACGCGUUCAUCAACUGUUAGUGUCGAACUUAAGCAAACUGAACGAUAAAACCAACAGUACUCAAUUGUAUAAUGAAAGUAUGGCCACGUUGGAAAAAUUGAGCAUUCUCAAAGCGUGGGGCCAAGUUUAUAUAAUGGCAAUGAUUGAUAACGGAACUGCCCCAGCAAGCAUGUUGUUGAAAGGUAUUCCAUCCUCAUCAGCAUCAAUUACGGCACCAACGAACAACAUGAAUCGUCUCACACUGGACGAUGACUUCGGAGACUUUGAAAGUCGCGGUGAAAGUUUGUUAUCGUUGGUACAACCGGAAUUAACUAAUCUAUCUACUCAUUGGUUAUCAGCCCUGAAGGAUUAUGCACUACUUUCGCUUCCUGCGGAGUACGCAAGUCAAUUGCCACAUGAUGGUGGCGCAUUCUAUACAAACGAUACAAUGAAUUUAUCCAAACCGCAUUAUCUUACGUCAUGGCCACCAAUUUUGUACGCAUCAACGCUUUGGCUAAAUGCAGAAGGCUUUGACAAAACCAAUUCCGAUGUAACAACUACAAUCCAUGAGGAUGAUAAGGCCAAUGCCAAUGAUGUAACGAAUGGUAACAAAAUUACGGAUAAACUGAAUCAGAGUGCAGCAACGAUCGUCGGUACGAACUGUCCCACUUCAAUCUCUUACGGCAGUGUAAGUGCCGAUCGUUUCCAUCUAGUUUUUGGGAUUUGCAUGGAAGCUCUUUGUAGUACACGAACAAAUGAAAAGCUGGAGAGUGUCAUAGCUUGUUUGCAAGCACUCUAUACUAUGUUCGACUCAAAAUGGUCUCGCCAGAUGUUAACCAAAAAUAAGUCUCUUCCAGUUGAAUUGUGUAAUGUUCUACAUCGUCUGAUAUUAACCAGAGACAGCAUGGAAGUACAAUUUUUAUGUAUAUCGAUCUUAAAGCAAACAAUAGUUGCGGCGAACGAAUGCUUAGAAUUAGAAAAGCAGGAGAAGAUGGCAGAAUUUGAGGACAAGGCCGAUAAUGGAAAUGGUGAGAACUCGAACAUUGACAACCUUGGAGAGGGGGGAGAAGAAGGUGAAAUAUUGCCGGGCAAAUCGCAUGUGUACGCUAUUUUGGAAGUAGUGCUGUGUCUGUUGGCUAGGCAAAUUCCUGCAAUGAGUCCUUCUCAAUCGGCUCGAGUGGCAAACGAACAACUCCAGCGGCAAAUGGCACUGACCAAAAAUGGAUUGUUCAAGCUUUCUGAAGACAACAGCUUGCUGGUUGCGAACGCUAUCAACUGUAUGACUGAUCUAUCACGACUAUGUUCACCUACCGGAGCAGCAUCAAUUCUACCAACAAUGCUCUAUCUGACAACUGGAGUGAUCAAAGAAGUAGCAACGAAAUCUGUCAACGAUGAAACCAUCAUUGCCAACUCGAAUGUUAUUCAGGCCGCACUGCAACUACUGAAAACCCUCGCAACGGAUAGGUACAGUAAGCACGAGCUAUCCUCUGACGAAUGGCGUAAGUUACUUCAGAGUGCUCUCGGUAAGAUAAUUGAUCUCACUAAAACCGGAUGCGAUGAAACCAAGCUGGACGAGGUAACAAUGAUGCUGACAAUUGCGGUUUUCCUGUUGCACACCCCAUCCUCGUUAGUAUCGGUACCAAACUUGCAGUACCCGUGCAUAAAUCACUUCCGACAGUGCUUUUUGAGCGGUUCUCCAAUGGUUAGAUUGAAGUGUGUUCAAACUAUGCGUUCGAUAUUUGUCAAUGCUGAUUUGAAAGUGUCGACACCAUAUAUCCAUGCACUGGCUCCCAGAUUGAUUGAAACAUUGUUUGCUGAAUCGAAUCGCAAUCCCUUGAACGACAUGGAUCUCGCAAUCAUAUUGGAAGGCAUCACAACAUUAGAAGCAUUGAUCGCCUUGGCAGAACCUCAAAACCAUGAACUAAUACAAGGCGUUCAAAUGUUGACUCUGCUAGUUCCCAUACUGAUAAACUACUUGCUCGAACCGGAUCAACUUCGUGCAAGGUCGAAACAGUGUUUGCAACUGCACGAACAAUCCUUGCAGUGGCUUAUGAAAAUUGGACCAAAGUAUCCCCAGGAGUUCAAAGCGUUCAUGGGCCAGGCCCCGGAUUUGCGCAUCAAAUUGGAAGCGGCCAUCAAACGUAAUCAGAUGAGUGCAAUACAGGCGAAAAACAAAAGCGAAGCGGCCAAUGCUGCGGCUCGUGCCAGUGCAACACAGCAACAGAAACCUACUAUUCAAUUGAAAACCGACUUUAGUAACUUUAGCGCAAACUAGGUUUUCAGUUUAGGCUUUUCUUGAUAUUAACUAUUAAUCUAAUAAUCGUUUGUAAUAGUAUAUCUUCCAUGCUAUAAAUUUCUAAUUAGUGGAAUGUAAUACUAUUGGCUGUUUAAUUUAAUUCAGGUAAUUUAAAUACAUCUAUUAAUGGAAGAACAAUGUGUAGAAACUUAUUUACAUUAUAAUAUACUGAUAAACAAUUGUUAAUAUCUGUAAAAUCUACUGAAUAAUAAAGCAUUACCAUUAUACUCACAA